AUGCCCAGUAGUACAGAUACUGCCGAUGAAGUUGUAAGCUCCUGUAGUCCACCUAGGAAACGCUCUAAAAAAAGACACCUGAGUGCAGAAAUGAAAGAGAUCCAGCGCGAGGAGAACGAGGCAUCAACCAUCAAAGAAAUUGUUGUGAAGGUUUCUCACAAAGUUGGGGUGUGUCGCGCAUCAGUGUUUAAUGUGUUAAGACAAUACAAAAAAAAUCACACCUUUUCUGCGCCAAUGACCAGUAAACAUCGCAAAAGUAUUGUUAAAUCAUUGGAUGAAGCUGAUAAGCAUACGAUUAGGAGGAAAGUGCAUGAAUUCUUCUUUAGGAAUGAAAUACCUACUAUAGAUAAAGUACUGCAGGAGCAUUUAAAUUUCAAAUGGAAAAAACGGGGACGUAAUAGUUUACUACUGGAUAGAGAAGAAAUUGUGCUAUGGAGGAGGGAUUAUUUAACAAAAAUUGGGAAAUAUAGAAAUCAAAACAGAAAGAUUUAUUACCUUGAUGAAACGUGGGUAAACGCAGGACACACUACAAGUAAAGUAUGGGUUGAUGAUUCUGUAACUUCAUCCAGGAGGGCCUUUCUAGAUGGACUGUCCACCGGAUUAAAAAAUCCAGCAGUACUUCGAUUUCCAGGUAAAGGGAAAAGACUCAUUAUCUGCCAUAUUGGCAGUGAGGAUGGAUUUGUUGUUGACGAAACUGGAGAUUAUCACGAGGAAAUGAAUGGCGAAUCGUUUGAACAGUGGUUUUCAAAAAUUUUACCGAACUUAGAGGAAAACGCAGUAAUUGUGUUGGAUAAUGCUUAUCAUUCUCGAAGAAUGGAGAAGGUCCCAACAACGGCUUCAAGGAAAGUUGAUGUUCAAAAUUGGCUCCGCUCGAAAAAUAUCAACUUUGAAGAAGCAAUGCUAAAAGUACAAUUAUUAAGAAUUGUAAAGGAUCACAAGGCGGAAUAUCAAAAAUACGCCAUUGACGAAAUGGCAGCAAGUCAAAAUAAAACUGUGCUCCGUUUACCUCCAUACCAUUGCGAGCUCAAUCCCAUUGAGCUCAUAUGGGCAGAGGUUAAAAAUUAUAUAGCUAAGCACAAUACAACUUUUAAAUUUUGUGACCUCAAAGGACUUUUCAAAGAAGCACUAGAAUUAAUAACAGCGCAAAAAUGGGAAAACUGUAUUAAGCACGUGAAAGACAAAGUUGAAAAGAGAAUGUGGGAACUGGACAAUAUUUUAGAGGAACAAGUCGAGCCAUUCAUUAUUGACAUUGGUGCUUCAGGCAGUAGCGAUGAUGAAAGCUCAUCAAGCUCAUCUUUCCAAUAA